AUGUCAGAAAUGCAGAAGCCUCCUUCAAAAUAUCAUUAUGACCCUUCCCUCGCUGCCGCAAUCACAUUCGCUGCCUUAUUCGGUAUCAGCAGCGUCCUUCAUGUCUUCCAAACCAUCCGUGCGAGGACAUGGUAUUUCAUCCCAUUUGUCGUGGGCUCCAUUUUUCAGGUAGUUGGGUACUCGGCCCGAGCAGUCAACGCAGCCGAGACUCCGGACUGGUCGCAGAUACCCUUCAUCAUCCAAACCCUUGGGCCGCUACUCGCCCCGGCGCUGUAUGCUGCCUCCAUCUACAUGCUGCUAGGUCGCAUCAUCAGCUCUCUCCGUGCCGAGCAUCUGUCUUUCAUCCGCGUGAGAUGGUUGACCAAAAUCUUCGUGUUCGGGGAUGUGCUCUCCUUCGCUUUCCAGUGUAUAGGAGGAGGCAUUCUUUCCGGCGCAGACGACAAAAGCGGGAUCGAUCGCGGCCAGGACAUGAUCCUCGUUGGCCUCGGCAUCCAAAUCCUCUUCUUCGCAUGCUUCAUGGCGUCGAUCUCCGUCUUCCACUACCGCAUCCUGCGACAGCCGACGACGCUCAGUCUUUCAGGGGUCCGGCCCUGGAAAGAAUACAUCUUGGUGCUUUACUUCACCUCCUUGCUCAUUCUCGUCCGAUCCAUCUUCAGGGUUGUCGAGUUUGCAGAGGGGCAGACGGGUACGCUGCAGAGCAAUGAGGUGUAUCUUUACUGCCUGGACACCGCUCUGAUGUUUCUGUGCUCGGGGGCUUUCAAUGUGUGGUUUCCCGGCCGCGUUGUGUCAUCUUCUGUUGAUAAAGACGUGGACGACCUGAGACUUUCUGAAAUUUCCGAGCAGCUGAAUCACAGGGCUCAUCACCAAGGCGUAUGA